UUAAAAUUUCUUUAUUCAAGGUCAAAAGCAUUUCGUUUUUCUCUCUGAGAAUUUCAAAUGUCGCCAAACGCAAACUUCUUGUUUUGCGGCUACAUCAAUAACAUUGUACAACAGAGUAAAUGCAGCCCUGGUAGACUUCCGUUUUAAUUUCAGAACUUCCAUAAUUGUCAACAAGCAAACACUUCUUUAUAAUAUAAAUAACAUGCAAAAUUUCAACAAUUAUCGUCCAAAGUCCUUUGCCUUUCUGAAUUCGAAUCAUUAAAUUUCAAAACACAAGGAGUACGCCAUUAUGACCCAUAAAACAAUGAGAUUCUUUAACUUUUUGUUCAAAAUAAAUAUUCAGAUAUUUAACUUUAAAACAUGACUUUUAUUUACAAGAAUUUUAAAUAUGGAACAUAGAGAGUUGGCAUAAAGGGAAACUAAAGUGAAACAACAAAAGAUAACUUGAAGUAGUAGCUACAGUCACUAAAAUAACAUAUUACAAUCUCAAACACACGCCGUGUUUGCGUGAAACAAUCACAAAAAAGCUAAUGAAUUACAAAACAUUCGUUAAAGUUGACACGCAAGACAAUAGUUGUGUCAUUGAAUUUUGUUUACUUGUUUUUAAAAAAAAAAAUUGUAGAUAAAAUAUUUUAAAAAGCCUUCAAUUGAUUCUUAUACACGCACUUACCAUUCAUCAAAUUACAAACAAAUAUAAAAACUCUUCGUUUUGUUUUGCAUUCAUCAGCUUCUUGAUAGCUCGUUUCUUUUCCUUGGAGCCUUUUCCUGGUCUAACUUGUGUGCAAAAAAAUUAAGUAAUUACUACUAUCUUAAGAAUUGCUAUUACUGUUAUCCCGGAUUUAAUAAUUUCAUAAAAAAUGAAAUACAGAGAUUCGUUAUUAUUUGUGAAGAAUGGUAAAAUUUCCUUGUCAACUCAGAUUCUUUAUUCUCUGUUAGAGUUUCAGAUGACUUAACGUAUGCAGACAAAUUUUUUGACCGCAGAAUUUACAUGAAAAUUUAGAUGCAAAAAAAAGUAAAUUCUUCGCUCGCAUUCCAAGUCGAAGAACAUUUCCACAAAGAAUUCGUUCAUCUUGUGAAGAACUGCGAAUUUUUCUUGCCAACUCAACGUCUCUAUUUUCUGUUAGCUUUCAAGAUCUAACUUCACCGAAAGAACUUCAACUGAAUUUGAUGUCAAAAACUUGAUUGAAACUGAUUCACAAGAAUUCCAUAAAGAUUUUAUAUAGAAUGGCAGAUUAUUUUCCCUCUAAACUUAGAAUCGCAGCCCUACCACUUUCCGUAGUCUUACAAAUUAAAAGAAUCAACAACACUACCAUCAUCUCGGGAUGUGAAGCAGAAUUAAUAAAUCUACUAUCACGUAAACUAAAUUUCGAAUAUGAGAUUCUUGUUCCCUCCGAUUCAACGUACGGUUCAAGGGAUGCAUUCGGAAAUUGGACUGGAAUGAUGGGAAUGCUUACAAGGAAUGAAGCUGACGUGGGAUUCCCCUUUAUAGGUAUCACCGAAGAGAGGGCUGCUGCAGCGGACUUCAACAUACCUUACCUCCCUUUCGAAAAAACGUUUAUGAUGAACCAUGCUUCAUUCUUGCCCAAAACAUCAGCAUUCACGUAUCCUUUCAGCAGACUCGUAUGGUUUUCAUUCUUUAUCGUACUCCUCUUAGUGACAGUGCUAUUUCGAGCUUUGAUUUCCCCAAGAGAUUCUGUUUGUUCCGUUUUCAUCAAUUUGUGGGCAUCUUCUUUCGGACAGGGACUGAACUACAGCCCUCGUUCAAUGUCCAGGCGGAUACUACUUGGAAUUUGGCUCAUUUAUUCAUAUCUGAUAAUUCUGAGUUACAGCUCAGUCCUGUUAUCGUUUUUGACAUCCCCGAUUAGAAUGAAGCAAAUAAAAGAUUUCAAGGAACUCUAUGCGGCAGUCAGAGAGGGGAAAAUGGAGUGCCGAUCAGGAUACCCCUCUCUGGAAGCAGAGUAUUUGUCAAAAAGCGAUGUACCCCAUGUUAAAGGAUUAGGGGAAUAUGUUAAAAAGAAUAAAUGGUACUUCUCACCUAGUACGAUCCGAAGUGUACCGAAACACACAGCAUUGCUCGGGUCACCCAUUCUAUUUCGCAUACUUUUUGGGAAUCCUAAGAAGCACUUUUAUUCGAAGGAAACUUUUGGAUUUUUCGGAUCAGCUGCACUCAGCAAAGAUUUUUGCUGCAAAGAGCGUUUCAAAACAAUCCUACUCAGAAUUUGUAGUGGUGGCUUAUAUAAUAAAUUCAUGAGCGAUUUAUUCUUUAAAUUAGAUUUAAAGAGAAGUUCAAACAAUGACAUUUAUAGUAGGUCUUCAGCAUCACCUUUAGGAUUAUCAGAUUUAAAUGGACUGUUCAUUAUUCUAGGUAUAGGCUGGGCAUUAGCUAUUUUCACUUUGAUAUUGGAAAUCACCUACAGUCGAUGGGUACGCUCAAAACUUCCCCAAACCUAAAAUAUGCGAUGUGGAAAUACUUUUUAAAUUUUACAACCUUCACCAUCACCUUUUUCGAAACACAUUAUUAUUAUUAUUAUUUUAUU